GAAAUUGGUAAUGCGGUUGACAGCUGUAUGUAAGAGAGUGAGCAUAUGAUAUCACUCUUUCUCUCUCUGUCGCUCGUCGUCGUCUUCUCCUUCCUCUUCCUCCUUCCUCCACCGUCUUCCUUCCUCAGUUAGGGUUUCAAUUUUCCCCUCUUCUGCUGCUAACUUUAGUCCAUGCAUUUCAAUCUCAAGAUUCUUUCUCUCUCCGAUCCCUAUCUGAGUUAACCCGGCGAGUCCUCAGAAUAUCCGUUCCACGCUUCUCCAAGCUGGUUUCCUUUUGUGGAAGCUCACGCAAACUAAACUACUAUCUCAGUUCUUAGUUCCAGAUCUCAAGCUUGAAGGUACUGAGGUUUUACCAAGUUUUCUACAAUGUGCCGUUAUUUGACUUAUCACCAGCGGCCAUUUUGUUCUGCUGUGUGAAAAUCAAUGGUACUUGAAGGCUAGGGAGUUAUGGUUAGCUUUCAGGAUGCUAAUUAUAGGGGUUCUUGGUGCUGUCAGUUAAUUCUAUUUUUCAUCUGGCUUCCUACUUUCCAAGAUGUGACAGCACGAGAAACACAUGCUGGCGCUAGACAAAUUUCUUCCCUGGUAGAGUUAGCUAAGGAACCUAUUUCUGGAGAAUCUGGGCUCUUUGAGCCCAUAGAAAUUUCUCCUGCUGUAUUGCCAAAAUACCCAUAUCCCACUGAGCCUUUGUCACCAAUGUACACUAGUUUCCCUAGUUCCCCAAACAGAUAUCUACCAGUUUUAACCGGAAAAUGCCCUGUAAACUUUUCAGUUUCGGAUAUAUCAAAUAUCAUAGAUAAAACAGCAUCUGAUUGCACCGGAGCACUGGCAGCGCUCGUAGGGAAUGUAAUAUGUUGUCCACAGUUUAGUAGCUUAAUCCACAUCUUCCAGGGUUUCUUCAACAUCAAAUCUGAUAAGUUGGUUUUGCCAACUGCAGCUUCUGAUCAUUGUUUUACUGAUAUCAUCAAUAUUCUAUCCAGUAAAGGGUCAAAUGGCACAAUGCUUCCCACACUUUGCUCCAUAAAACCAUCGAACCUUACAGGUGGGUCAUGCCCUGUGAAGGAUGUUUCUACUUUUGAAAAAACGGUUAACACAAGUAAAUUACUUGAGGCCUGCAGCACAGUUGAUCCGCUAAAAGAGUGUUGUAGACCUGUUUGCCAGCCUGCAAUAAUGGAUGCUGCACUUCAGAUUUCUGGAAGGCAGAUGAUGCUUAAUGACAAUGGGAAUGUGGCUGGUGAAAUGAAUCACACUGAUUAUCUUAAUGACUGCAAAGGCGUUGUUUAUUCAUACCUUUCCAAAAAGUUAUCAUUGGAAGCUGCUAAUACUACAUUCCGAAUACUGUCUGCCUGCAAAGUUAACAAAGCAUGCCCUUUGAAUUUUAAGGAACCCUCGGAAGUAAUGAAUGCCUGUCGGAAUGUUGCUGCCCCUAGCCCUUCGUGCUGUAGUUCAUUAAACACAUACAUCGCCGGAAUACAGCAACAAAUGUUAAUUACAAAUAAGCAGGCUAUAAUAUGUGCAACACUUUUUGGAUCUAUGUUACGUAGAGGCGGCAUAAUGACAAAUGUUUAUCAGCUCUGUGACGUUGACUUAAAAGAUUUCAGCUUACAAACAGCAGCCUUUGGACUUCAACAAGGAUGUCUGCUUGGAAGCUUGCCUCAAGAUGUGAUAUUUGACAAUUCAUCAGGAUUUAGCUUUACAUGUGAUUUGAGUGACAAUGUUGCUGCACCUUGGCCUUCAUCAUCUUCCAUUACAUCUGUGUCGCUCUGUGCACCUGAGAUGUCCUUACCUGCAUUACCAACUUCGGCACUGAAAAAUAUUGGUUGUAAUUCUGGUGGAGUGGGAUUUCUUGUGCCUAUUUUUUCAUUUUUCAUCUUCAGUACACUGUUGUACUGAAUAGAUUUUAGGGUUUAGAUGAGUGUCGGGAAGGGCGUUUCCAUGUGUCUUGGUGUUGAUUUUGCAUGUAUAUUUUUGGAUAGUCUCAUUGUAUAGCAUCUCUUUUUCUCCACGUGUCAUCUUCUGGUUGUAUGUGCUGAGCAGCUCCUUAGUGAAAUAGUGCUCAUUUUAUUUAGGAUCCAUAAUUGUGCUGUGAAGGGUUCGAUUUUUUUCUGCUGAAAAAUGCUGACAAGCGGAUGCCAGAUUAGCCACUAACUGAAACUUAAUAACACUUCAGAUGAUGCUCUUAAUUC